AUGGUGACGCCUGAACCUGAGUCACUAUCAAAAAUCCCCCAUCAAGUCGAAGCAACUGGAGAAAAUUCAAACGAUAAUGACGGCACCGACAAGUCUCUGGCUGACAAUCGGUCACCUCAACACCCACAAGCGGCGGCGAGGAGAGCGAGGCGGGCAGCCAAACAACGGGACAAGCAACGGCUAAAAGACAACGAGGAGCCUGGUGAAAAGGAAGCGAAACAGGGACCGAGCCCCACGAGCAAACGUAAGGCGGCGAUUGAAAAAGUGAACCAAAUUUUAGACGAGAAGGCUGCGCCGAAGAAGGGUUCUCGAGGACCCAAGGGUAAACUCUCUCAUGUCGCCAACUUUAUCAAUGAGAAGCACACUGGAGUGAUUGACACGGAGAAGGAGAAACUGACUGCUUUGGACGUUCCAAUGGCGCCUGUUCCUGGCCUCUCUUUUGGCCUCGAUCGAGUGCUGUUUAAUCCUGGUGUCUAUCAGCUCCGAGAUCCUCGAUCGCGUGUUUAUAACUUCGACCCCUAUUUGGGUCAAAUUAUGCCCGUCACCGAAUUCGAUUUCAAUGCCCUGAAAGAAUACAUCACGUCAUCAAAGGAUGACACCCUCCGGAGCCAUGCGAUCAAGGAGAAGAAAAAGUAUAGCGGUUCCUCGUCCAGCAUGACAUCCGUUCUGUCUCAAUUCCACUACCUCCUUUCUGCUUGGCGGGGCAUCGACACUCGCACCUUGUCUCAAGGAUUCCCGGACAAACUCCGGUCCUUUACUCGUCUCCUCCGAUCUCCGGCUGCGAUGUUCUUACACUACCAGGACGGUGUGUACGCUAUUGACGCGGACAAGGAAUUUGACUCGGCCAAUAUCCUCAUGAAUUUGGGCAAGUCCAUGGAGAAGCUUUUGACCAUGCCCAAGGAGGACUUUGAACGGUACCGACGGUCAAGCGAGAACAAGAUUUCUCCCGAGGAGGAGCAAGCGAUUCCGGAAUCCUACCACUAUUCGACAUAUGGAGACUUCAUCAUGCGCUCCCAGUUGGACGCAUACGACCCCCGUCUCCCCGGCACCGGCAUGUUUGACCUGAAGACACGUGCCGUUGUUUCCAUCCGUAUGGACGCCAAGAAUUUCGAGCACGGUCUUGGCUAUGAGAUCAAGACACGCUUCGGCGACUUUGAAUCGUACGAGCGCGAGUUCUACGAUAUGAUCCGUGCUGCCUUCUUGAAAUACUCCCUUCAAGUCCGCAUUGGUCGCAUGGAUGGUAUCUUUGUCGCCUUCCACAACGUUGAGCGUAUCUUUGGGUUCCAGUACAUCAGCCUACCAGAAAUGGAUCAGACACUGCAUGGAACUUCCGACACUGCUCUUGGAGACAAGGAAUUUGAGUUGAGUUUGGGGCUCUGGAAUGAGAUUCUCAACAAAGCAACGGCGAAAUAUCCUAAGCAAUCCCUGCGAUUCCAUUUCGAGACCCGGGAUGCUGUGACCCCAUUUAUGUACAUUUUUGUCGAGCCGGUCACGAGCGAAGAGAUUCAGGCUAUCCAGACUUCCAAAAAGGCCGAGAUUGACGCCUACCAGCAGCGUCUCUUGAACCUCAAGCCUAGCGAGGACGACAGCGACCUUGACGUCCCUUCUGUCGAGGAAACACCCGCACCGCCUACGCUGGAGGCAGAGGCCGACGACUCUGCACCCAAGGGCGAGCUCCUCGCAAUGGCCUUGACCGUUCGCAACAAGAUCAAUGGAGAGGUUGUCGAUCGACCCACUGAAGGGUUCAGUGCCAAUGACAAAUGGGAAGUUGAAUACGAGAUUAGUGAACUGUCGCCCGCUCAGGGCCACUCACUUUACAAGAUGUGUAAGACUCGUCGGAUGAGGGGUCUCGAAGGCCGAGGCGAGGAUGAGCUCGAAGUCGCCAGCAAUGUGUACAUUCGUCGACUGCGACAGAUCAGCAAAGAGGGCCGCAAGCACCGUGAGCGUGAAAACCAGCUGGACAAGGAACUGGGUGUUGUUGUUCUGGAUGAUGGUGUAAAGGAUAAGAGUGCUAAAUGA